GUUCCGUCUUAAAUGUGCAUGCAUUACCUACGUCAUAAAGAUGAUUGCCUGUUUAACAUGACCUUUCCUUGUUGGGGGACCUGACCCUACUUUUAAAACAUAAUUUUGGAAAAUUUCGCAACGUACAAGUCAUCAUAUGUGUAUAAAAAGGCGCUGAGAGUUUUUCUCAUCAGACCUGAUUCCGGAUUUGAAUCAGUGAAACAAUCAUGGGGGUCGUCAUUGCUUUAUGCAUUUUAAAUUUCAUCAAUUUCGUUUUUGGAUGUUAUCCAAUUAUAAACCACGACCAGUCACAAUACUGUAGUGCUCAGUAUGUAUUUACUGGUGUUGUUCGAUCUUCUCGAGAAACAGACAGUGAGGCAGUUUUUCAAAUUCAACUAACAUCAACUAUCAAGGGACGGAUAGGAUUCCCAGGGAGCAUGACUACUGUUUACGGAAGGGGGAAACUAAACUCAUGUGGACCCACAAGGCUCAAUCGCAACCAAGAAUAUAUCUUAUAUACUUCUACAUACGAUCCCUCCACUAAUAGACCGGAGAUAUUUGUACAGCACGAUCCAAACUUCACCAAUCUGAACAGAAUCAAGAGAUAUGACUGUUCAUGUGAAAUUGAGAUUGAUCUUCCACGACAACCAUUUCCAAACAGCAUGACUCCCGCUGAAGAUAAGUGCGUGAUCACUGAAAGAGAAUACAACUGUAACUUCUUCAAGGGGUACUGUGGUCGAAGAAACGGAAUCUACGGAUCGCAAGUGUGUCAAUGGAUCGCACCUAAUAAUGUUUGUCCUCCCUGAAAAUAUCUGAAUAACAGUCUUAGCAUAAUAUCUAUGUAUAUAAUUGUAUGAAUUAUGUUUAAUAAAUCGAACUUUGAUUCAUGACCUGCUCAAAUUACACCUAAGCCA